UAACGCAGCAUUUCUAUUUUCUGUGACUGUCAAGCGUCAGGCUUUCCAGCUUUCUGCUUCGUCGGUUCGUUUGCAUGCUGGCCGGUAUCGAUUGUGUUGUGACACGUGUCGUUUAACUUUUGUUCGGUGAGAGAUUCGUUACGAUGGCAUCUGGAGAUGAAAAACCGAAAAGAGACGUGGCACUCAUUACUGGAAUAACUGGUCAGGAUGGAUCGUACCUUGCCGAGUUCCUUCUUCAAAAGGGCUAUGAAGUGCAUGGCGUGAUACGAAGGUCUAGCUCUUUUAACACUGGGAGGAUUAAACAUUUGUACAGGAAUCCAAAGACUCAUCAACAGGGCUCCAUGAAAUUGCAUUAUGGUGAUAUGACUGACAGCCUGUGCCUUGUAAAACUUAUAAGAGAAACUCAGCCCACCGAAAUAUACAAUCUCGCUGCUCAAAGUCAUGUAAAGGUAUCGUUCGACUUGAGUGAGUACACUGCAAAUGUUGAUGCCAUUGGUACACUGCGAAUUUUGGAAGCGAUUCGUGUGUGUAACAUGGAGAAUAAGGUGAAAUUCUACCAGGCAUCCACAAGUGAGCUUUACGGAAAAGUUCAAGAAAUACCUCAGAAAGAGACAACGCCCUUCUACCCGCGUUCACCAUAUGGUGUAGCAAAACUAUACGGAUACUGGAUUGUUGUGAACUACAGAGAGGCGUACAACAUGUUUGCCGUAAAUGGUAUACUGUUUAACCAUGAGAGUCCUAGAAGGGGUGAAACUUUUGUAACCAGGAAGAUUAGCCGCUCCGUAGCAAAGAUUCACUUGGGACAGCUUGAGGCUUUUGAACUAGGAAAUCUGGACUCCAAGCGAGACUGGGGCCACGCAAAGGAUUAUGUAGAAGCAAUGUGGCUGAUGUUGCAGCAAGAUAAACCUGAUGACUUCGUCAUUGCAACAGGGGAAUACCACAGUGUACGAGAAUUUGUUGAAGCGGCAUUCAAACACAUUGGGAGAACAAUCAUAUGGGAAGGAUCUGGACUGGAUGAGGUCGGGAAAGAAAAGGAUUCUGGAAUAGUUCGUGUGAAAGUGAAUUCUAGAUAUUUUCGUCCUGCUGAAGUGGAGUUCCUUCUUGGUGAUGCAACUAAAGCAAAAGAAAAGCUCAACUGGAAGAGAAAAAUUUCUUUUGAGACCCUAGUGAAUGAAAUGGUGGAUGCAGAUAUUGCCCUGAUGCAAGGCUGUCCUGAUGCGUAGACUGCACGUAAAACAGUUCCUUCUCAUUUCCUUGGGUUCAGUAUGAAGCAGUGUCGCCACCUGUACUUGUUUAUUAUUCUGGGAACAUUUCACAUUCUAUGGAAGUUUUUUCCUCUUUUUUUUCACUAAUGUGUGCAUCAUUCAUGCUAGUCGGAUGAGGAUCUCUAUGCACAGUUUUUGCACAUUCUGUACACGUACAGCAAGCUCUCCUGAUAAUGAUACUGUGGGACAGUCGACCAGCAUUUCUAGAGUGGGUUGGGGAGCAGGAUAUUUUUUUGGACUCUUAAGAAAGGCUUUAUUAUUUAAUAAAAAGAAGCCAUUUAGUUCAUUAGUCAUGUCAUACAAUAGUGUGCAUUGUUGACUUUGCUUAUGUCAGAUAAACUGUGGAUAGCAGUGUUUGCAGGGCUAUCCAAGUUGAAGUGAAAUAUGUGUGUAUUGUCCUUAGUUGUUUUGUUUUCCACCCUUGAAUGCAUUGGUAUACAAGAUUGUUAGUGAUGGUGUAAGCCAUUCUUUUGUGUUCUACACUACUAUCGCCUGCCGUUGUGCGUUGCACGAUGUAAACUGAACUCCAUGAAAUUUGAGAGAGAGGUCGUAAGUCACACGUAUAGCAAAAUCUCUGUGCACAUAUGAUAUUGUUGAGGACAGCAGUGUUUUCCCUUCCUUCGCAGACAGUGACGUCUUCUCAUACAGGGUGUUUUAGUGAGUGUCUUAUAAAGACUACCGAAGUAUUCCAAAAACUGUCACACAAAUGUGUGCCAGUGUAUUGUUGAACUGUAUUUUUGCUACCUUUUGUUUUUUGUAAUACUUUAGAAGUGAACAUAAACUCGCCUAGUCAAAGUACUUCCUUUUUCUGAAAACAAAAGGUGUCAUGUCAGUGUGCGGUGUUCUGCUAUAACACCAACUGCAUUGUUGGCCGUGGUGAAAAAAAAAAUUGGAAGACAACAUUUUGCCAGACAAGUGAUCCUAGAAUGCAUCUCUACAUUGACAGUGCAACAUGAGAAGGGUACCUGUGGAAGAAAAGGGGGGAAAGAUGAUCAUGCAACUAAAGCUUUUGUCUUCCCUUUAUCAUUUGUGAGACAAAUUUGUCUUGGCCUUACUAACAUUGUGAAUACCUUUUUCGUUUUUGAGAGGUACAAACUUUCAUUUCUAUUUUUAUCGCCAAGUUUCACCAUUGCAGUCCCACUAGAAAACAAAAUUAUACGAAGGGAAAGUGUCUCACUGGAUGUAGUCAACGGCACUGCCUUUGUACUUGUUAGUUCCGUCUAUUUUGUACAGCGUACGGGCUGUUAGCUACAAAUGCUAACAGUAAGCAUACAUCAUCUUUGUAUGUUGUAGGUAUAGAGAGUUACUUACCCUAAGCAACAAGAAGUCAGUAGAAAUAAGAGAGCAGAUGUUGUCCUUCACGUGCCAUAAGUUAUGUUUAUUAUUUUCAUUAGAGUAACGACCAAUUGAAUGUCAUGACCAACUGGCCGCACAGAUGUCACUGAUAACGGAUCUCUGCCAGGAUUUCAUUUAUAUAAUUUCUGAUGUACGUUUGCUGAAGCAAAUGUGAAGGCCAGCUCUGGAGAGAGUCUUUUCUGUGUAAUAUCCACAGAGAAGCCUUUUCUCAGAGUUAGCCAUCAAGGGCAUUUCCUUGAAACAGAACACAUCAUUUAGAAGAAAACUUUUGCAACGUUGCAUGCCAUACGUAGAAUGCCACAGGUGGUUUUGUGUGACCCCGAGCUUUUAGGCUGACGAAAGCCUUGGCAUGUUUAUGGAGUUUGCUAUCAUACAGGGUGUUUCACCUAAUGUGUUAAAAAGCCAUAAUAAAAAAUGUGCAUGGCUUAAAAUUGUGGGGUGAACGCUAUUUAUCUCGGGGGACAUUUUGCCAUGACUAUCGAGCGCUUCCAGCAAUUUUAAGUCGCGUGAAUUUGAAAUUUCUGAAUUGAACACCGAAAUUAGCUGAAUCAAACCUCACAUCUCUUUUUUUUUUUUUUUUUUUUAUGGCAGAAACUGUGGUGGGUGGGUGUGGCGCGUUUCGGUUUGGCACGUUACCCCAUUCCAUUGCAAACUACAUUCCCUACUACAACGGUAAAAGCUGAAAAAAAAAUUGCAAGAACUCGUUUCGAGGCGCGCAAUACGUGGACCGCGCUUAGAUCUCCGAAACAAGAUGCGAGGAGGCCAUGGAUCCUUCACCUUCACUUAUCCCAUUCCAUGCUUUCUCUUGAUGCGAAAUAAUCAAUCAAUCAGCACAGUUUCGCAAUUAUUUUAUUUCUUUUUUUGUUUUCUCCUCUUUUUUUUUCUCUCCUCUUUUUUUUUUUUUUCCUUCAGCCAGAGUAGUAUGGAAUGUAGUUUGCAAUGAAAUUAAGAAAAUUCGACGUGCGCUUUCUGUGUUCGUAAAAAAAAAUAAUAAUAAUAAUCUGUGAGGUUGACCAAGAACCGCCUCUGGAUAGAGAUGACCCCCAUAACUUUCAGACAGGUAGACUUUCUAAUACAAUUUUCUUAACAUGUUUGCUGAUACACCCUCUCUAUGGAAAGGGACCACUUUGUAUUCCCAAAUUAUUUUUAUGAACUUCUCGUCAUUUGUAGUUUUUAUUAAUUGAAAAAUUGACUGGUUUAACUCUGUCGCAUUUUAAUGUACAUUAAUGUAACGUUUCAUAUAAAUAGCUUAUCGUAAUUUAAAUAUGUUUCUCCAUUGUGUCGGGCGCUCUUUUGUAUGUGGAAAAUGAUAGAACGCUACCACUAAAGCGACAUUAUGUUGUGCACAUGUGGGGGGGACGCAUGAGUGCAUGCGGGCCAAGUUAACAUUGCCAGCUUGAUGCAAGCAAAACGUGACCAGGACACGUACAUGGCACUCGACGUGAUCUCGCGACGGUUUGUACAAACACGGUGAUGCAUUGAACAUGUGAACUCGAGAAAUUUCCGUACACAUUCGCUCGUGUAUAAAAUUAUAAAAUAAAUGCACUAUUUUGGGUUUA